UGUUGCCACCGUCACGUGUCCUUCCGUGAGCAGACUGUAACCGGGGGCGUGCACGGUUACGAUCGCUGCUGGUCCGGAGAUCCCUCUCCUCUCACUGCGCUCCGCCAGAUCUAUUCGUGUCUCCCUCGGCUCCUCAGUCGCCUGGUUUCUCGGCCAAUAAUGGCGGAGAAUGGAACCAGCGUGGAGGAGAGCAAGGGGAACGGGAAAAGCGUCAGAUUCACUGCCUCCCCCGUUGUUGAUAGAGGACUUCCUAGGUCAAAUACUAUGCCUGGUGGAAGAACAGAGUGUGCAGAAAGUUCAGAAGCACAUUUAGGAAAAGAAAACCUAAAAAGGUCAAGAACUGAGAAACAUAUACAGAGUUCCAUUGAAGACCCAACAGUUAAAUUGUUCAGUGAUAAAGUUCCUAAUAAAGAAAAGAUCAGGAUGCUAAAUCGAAUAGCUACCGUGAAAGAUGAUGGGACUGUUGUUGUUGAUGUUCCUAGCAAUCUUGAAAUUGCACCAUCGGAAUUGGGGUCAGAGGAUGGAAAUGGUGAAGCAGCUGAUGAUGAGCCAUUUGAUUCAAUGGAUUCCCAAUACCGACCUCCUAUGCAGAUAGUCAUCCUUAUUGUUGGUACGCGAGGUGAUGUUCAGCCGUUUGUUGCUAUUGGAAAAUGCUUGCAGGAUUAUGGACAUCGUGUUAGACUGGCAACUCAUGCAAAUUUCAAGGAGUUUGUAUUAUCUGCUGGUCUGGAAUUUUAUCCUCUAGGUGGAGACCCAAAAAUUCUUGCUGAAUAUAUGGUGAAGAAUAAAGGUUUCUUACCUUCUGCUCCUUCGGAAAUACCUAUCCAGCGUAAACAGAUGAGGGAAAUUAUUUUUUCCUUGCUCCCAGCGUGCAAGGAGCCAGAUGUUGACACCAGCAUCCCUUUCAAAGCAGAUGCUAUAAUUGCAAAUCCACCUGCUUAUGGACAUACUCAUGUGGCUGAGGCAUUGAAAGUACCAAUUCACAUAUUUUUCACAAUGCCAUGGACACCCACAAGUGAGUUUCAACAUCCUCUUUCCCGUGUCAAACAACCUGCUGGAUAUAGGCUAUCAUAUCAAAUCGUGGAUUCUAUGAUUUGGCUUGGAAUACGGGAUAUGAUAAAUGAAUUCAGGAAAAAAAAGUUGAAACUGCGACCUGUCACUUACUUAAGUGGUGCACAAGCUUCUACUUCUGACAUACCUCAUGGGUAUAUCUGGAGCCCCCAUCUUGUUCCAAAACCAAAAGAUUGGGGCUCAAAAAUUGACGUGGUUGGAUUUUGCUUCCUUGACCUUGCAUCCAAUUAUGAACCCCCUAAAGAGCUUGUGGAAUGGCUUGAAGCGGGUGAAAAACCUAUUUACAUUGGGUUUGGUAGCCUUCCUGUUCAAGAACCUCAAAAAAUGACUGAGAUAAUUGUGGAAGCGUUGAGAAUAACUGGACAACGAGGCAUCAUUAACAAGGGAUGGGGUGGACUUGGGAACUUGGCAGAACCAAAGGACUACGUUUAUCUACUGGAUAAUGUUCCUCAUGAUUGGUUGUUCCUGCAGUGCAAGGCAGUGGUACAUCAUGGUGGGGCUGGAACAACAGCGGCUGGGCUUAAGGCUGCUUGCCCAACUACUAUUGUGCCUUUCUUUGGUGAUCAACCUUUCUGGGGUGAUCGAGUGCAUGCUAGAGGACUUGGGCCACAACCCAUCCCCAUCGAUCAAUUUUCACUGCAAAAGUUGGUUGAUUCUAUCAAGUUCAUGAUGGACCCAAAGGUGAAGGAUAAUGCUGUGGAAUUGGCCAAGGCGAUGGAAACUGAAGAUGGUGUUUCAGGAGCCGUGAGGGCAUUCUUGAAACAUCUUCCCAUUAAGAAAUCGACUCAGGCUGCAGCGCAACCAUCUGGCAUAAUUGGCUUUUUGCUUGGCUUUCUUAGAUGCUUUAGCUGUUCCUGAAUCUUCUUAUUUCCCUCCUUGUUUGUGUAUAAAUUAUCGUGGUGGGUUUAUAUAAUUUUGUUUGUAUAA